AUGUCCGAUUAUAUCACCGUACACACACCACUAAUACCGCAGACUAGGAAUUUGAUUUCGACUCAAACGCUGGCGAAGUGUAAGCGUGGCGUUAAGGUGGUGAAUGUGGCACGCGGUGGUAUUAUUGACGAGCAAGCCGUUUUAGAUGCAUUCGAAACUGGCAUUUGCGGUGGCGCCGCCUUUGAUGUGUUCCCUGAAGAGCCGCCAAAGUCGGAGGUGACCAAAGCGUUGAUCGCGCAUCCGAAAGUGGUAGCGACGCCACAUUUGGGCGCCAGCACAGCUGAGGCACAGGUGCGUGUGGCAGUCGAAGUUGCUGAGCAAUUCAUUGCAUUGACCGGAAAGUCACCGAAGUACACAACAUAUCCUGGUGUCAUAAAUAAAGAUGUAUUGAAAGCUAAUUAA